AUGGCCCAUCGCAUCGUCACUCAAGUUGUCAUUACGGGUGCCCGAGUCUUCGGUCGAGCAUUUGCAGAGGCCUACAAACAGGCAUCUGUAGCCUCCAAGCAUAAAGGGUCCAAGGGCAAUGGAACGUCGGGGACCUUUACAUCGUCGGGAUUGACCCUAGACGAGGCAUGCAAGAUUCUCAACGUGAAACCGCCCCAGGGUGGGGAGACCAAUGUGGAGCUGGUAAUGGAACGGUUCAAAAAGCUGUUUGAUCUCAACGAUCCUACAAAGGGAGGGAGCUUCUACCUUCAAAGCAAGAUUCUUCGGGCCCGCGAACGGAUAGAGAUGGAAAUCCGGCAAGCCGAGCGAAAGGCUGCUCAGGACAAGGAAUUACAGGAGGGUUGGAAGCCGAAGGUGUACAAGGACCGGUGA